GGAUGUUUUCGAUGCCAGUUCAGUUUGUGCAUUGCCCACAGUAAGAUGGGUUCCCCGCGGACAGUUCUGGUCAGCCUGUUCCUCAUCUGCAGUCAGGCACUAGCUGACCUUUCUGGUGAUGCCCAGACGCUGGAAAAGUGCAUGCGGGAGCUGAGUUCGCCGGAGACCAUCGCUGCCGAUCUUCGGAAGCUGGAGCGGUACUCGUCGUGGAGGCAGGAGGAGCUGCCUUGCCUGAUGCGCUGCUUGGCCAGGGAAAAGGGCUGGUUCGACGUCGAGGCCAACAAGUGGAUGCUCAAGAAAGUGACCGAGGACCUGGGCGCCGAUGUCUAUAACUACUGCAGAUUCGAGCUGCGCCGGAUGGGAACCGACGGCUGUAGCUUCGCUUACCGGGGACUCAGGUGCCUGAAGCAGGCCGAGAUGCAUGCGGGCACCAGCCUGAGCACCCUGCUGCAGUGCUCCCGCCAGCUGAACGCCACCAAUGUGGAGCUGCUGCAGUACAGUAAGCUCAAGUCGAAGGAACCCAUUCCUUGCCUCUUCCAGUGCUUUGCGGAUGCCAUGGGCUUCUACGAUCGCGAGGGAAACUGGCGGCUGGAAAACUGGAAGCAGGCAUUCGGACCUUCCGGAAAUGAGGAUGAGUCUUUUGGCUCGGACUACAGUGGCUGUCGACUAAGUGGGACACAGCGGCAGAAGGCGGCAAACAAGUGCUCGUGGAUGUACCAAGAGUACAAGUGCUGGGAGCGAGUAAAUGGGAAUAAGCUGGUGGAGGACAACAGGGAGCAGUCGUAAGACGUCGGUAGUAUUAAACUUAUGGGAUACUUGUCAAUGCCAAAAAUGAAUAAGCACUAUGUAAGAUCUACAACUAAAUAUCAAAAUGCAGAAAUAUUAUCUAGACAAAUGGAAGCAUA